CCGGCCGCGCGGCCGCCUGCGUCUCUUUCUCCCUCUCUCCUUUGAAAACUGAUCUUUGGCUCUUAGUGUGAAAGUGAUUUGAAUUUGGCUCGGCGGCGCUCUGCGCCUGCGCUCAGCCUCUGGCAUGCUGGCUCCUUCCAAGCAGCUGUUUUGGGUUUGAAAUUCCAACAUGGCAGAGGCUGCAGUCCGUCUUCCCUUCAAAAACUUGGAAUGAUUUCAAAUCAUAGGCACCUUCACUUAACCCCAGCUUCCAUUCAUCAGCAAACACAUCGGAUCGAUGCUACGCUAACCUAUCGGGAGCUCGCUCCGCGCGUCCAGGUUAAAUGAAUACCUGACGAAAGGGCCCACGUUUCAAGGCAGUGACAUUUGAUAGCUGAGAGGAAAAGUGGCUUUAAUGAAAAGCAACCUUUGGAAUUCCUGCUUGUGAGAAAUCCAAUUCAGCUUUUUGUGCUACCAGCAAGAAAUGAUCAGUAGCACCAGUGUUUAUGGCUUGAAGAUGCAGUGGACGCCAGAGCAUGCCCAGUGGCCAGAACAGCACUUUGACAUCACCUCAACCACUCGGUCUCCUGCCCACAAAGUUGAAGCUUACAGAGGUCAUUUGCAGCGCACCUACCAGUAUGCCUGGGCGAAUGAUGACAUAUCGGCUCUGACUGCAUCCAACCUUCUGAAGAAGUAUGCAGAGAAAUACUCCGGCAUUUUGGAAGGUCCCAUAGAUCGACCUGUACUCAGCAAUUAUUCAGACACACCGUCAGGACUAGUGAAUGGCCGGAAAAAUGAUAGCGAACCCUGGCAGCCUUCCUUGAAUUCGGAAGCCGUUUAUCCUAUGAACUGUGUUCCAGAUGUCAUUACGGCCAGCAAAGCUGGCGUCAGUUCAGCCCUCCCUCCAGUAGAUGUCUCUGCAAGUAUAGGGAGCUCCCCUGGGGUGGCCAGCAACCUGACAGAACCAAGUUACUCAAGUAGUACCUGUGGAAGCCACACCGUACCUAGUCUUCACGCAGGCCUCCCAACUCAGGAAUACGCUCCAGGAUACAACGGAUCAUAUUUGCAUUCUACGUACAGUAGCCAGCCCACACCUGCACUUCCUUCACCUCAUCCAUCCCCAUUGCAUAGCUCUGGGCUCCUGCAGCCGCCACCACCCCCUCCUCCCCCACCAGCUCUGGUCCCAGGCUACAAUGGGACUUCCAAUCUCUCCAGUUACAGCUAUCCCUCUGCCAGCUAUCCCCCUCAGACUGCUGUGGGGUCUGGGUACAGCCCUGGUGGAGCGCCCCCUCCUCCUUCAGCAUACCUGCCUUCAGGAAUUCCUGCUCCCACCCCUCUGCCCCCCACUACCGUUCCUGGCUAUACCUACCAGGGGCAUGGUUUGACACCCAUCGCACCCUCUGCUCUGACCAACAGUUCGGCAAGUUCUCUUAAAAGGAAAGCUUUCUAUAUGGCAGGGCAAGGAGACAUGGACUCCAGUUACGGAAAUUACAGCUAUGGCCAACAGAGAUCGACACAGAGUCCUAUGUACCGGAUGCCCGACAACAGCAUUUCAAACUCGAGUCGGGGGAAUGGCUUUGACAGAAAUGCUGAAACAUCAUCCUUAGCAUUUAAGCCAACAAAGCAGCUGAUGUCCUCUGAGCAGCAAAGGAAAUUCAGCAGCCAGUCCAGUAGGGCUCUGACCCCUCCUUCCUACAGUACUGCUAAAAAUUCAUUGGGAUCAAGAUCCAGUGAAUCCUUUGGGAAGUACACGUCGCCAGUCAUGAGUGAGCAUGGGGAUGACCAUAGGCAGCUCCUCGCUCAUCCAAUGCAAGGUCCAGGACUCCGUGCAGCUACCUCAUCCAACCACUCUGUGGACGAGCAACUGAAAAACACUGACACGCACCUCAUCGACCUGGUCACCAAUGAGAUCAUCACCCAAGGACCUCCUGUGGACUGGAGCGACAUAGCUGGCCUUGACCUGGUGAAGGCUGUCAUUAAGGAGGAGGUUUUGUGGCCAGUGUUGAGGUCAGAUGCGUUCAGUGGGCUGACGGCCUUACCUAGAAGCAUCCUUCUCUUUGGACCUCGGGGGACAGGCAAAACACUAUUGGGCAGAUGCAUAGCUAGUCAGCUGGGGGCCACUUUUUUCAAAAUUGCCGGUUCUGGACUAGUUGCCAAGUGGUUAGGAGAAGCGGAGAAAAUCAUCCAUGCCUCUUUUCUCGUGGCGAGGUGUCGCCAGCCCUCGGUGAUUUUUGUUAGUGACAUUGACAUGCUUCUCUCCUCUCAAGUGAGUGAGGAACACAGUCCAGUCAGUCGGAUGAGAACCGAGUUUCUGAUGCAGCUGGACACUGUACUAACUUCGGCUGAGGACCAAAUCGUAGUAAUUUGUGCCACCAGUAAACCAGAAGAAAUAGAUGAAUCUCUUCGGAGGUACUUCAUGAAAAGACUGUUAAUCCCACUUCCUGACAGCACAGCGAGGCACCAGAUAAUAGUACAACUGCUCUCACAGCACAAUUACUGUCUCAAUGACAAGGAGUUUGCA